AUGAAAAAUGACAGUGGAAAAUGGAAUCAUCGUAGAACAGGAAUAUUGGAUGUAGCAACAUCUUAUUACAAGAGACUGUACGAAAGUAACACAACAGAAGACGAAAUUGAUUUGGCGGAUACCUCAAACAUUCCUAACAUUCUUCAAGCUGAAGUCAAGAAAGCCAUAUAUACUCAAAACGUAGAUAAAACACCAGGUCCUGACGGCAUAAGCAACGAAAUCUUAAGACAAGGAAAGGAAGUGUUAGCACCUGUCCUUACAGAUAUGUUUAACAAUAUUAUAAACACUGAAAUAAUUCCCCAGCAAUGGACAUUAUCCUGUUGUAUAAGAAGGGACAUAAACAUGAAAUCGGAAACUAUAGCCACAUCAGUUUUAUGUCAAACAUCUACAAAAUCUUCGCUAAGAUCAUUUUAA